AGGAAUCCCGGGCGGGUGGAGCUGAGCUUAGCUGGGAAGGCAAGGCCGCUACAAGUGUGGCAGCAAAGCGGGGAGAGCGGGACGUGUCCAGGGACAGGUGGGGGAGGGACCCCACAGCAGCCGAAAAGACCACAGCGGAGGCCAUUGCAGGAAAUCGACGAGCACACAGGGAGGAAGGGGUCCCCGCGUGCCAUGGCGCGAGAGCAGGAUGCGGAGCUCGUUCCUUCACUGCCAAAUGCCACCGCUGAAGAACAAGAAGAAGACGAAGACGAUCACACAGCGACCAAGUGAAGGAGCGGAACAAAGCGGAGGGGACGGAAACGACCGUUCUGGAUCCCAUCUGAGACAACAACCUCAUCGUUUCUCAUGUUGCUGCUCCCUCUACCGCCUACUGCUCUCCUCUUGGCCUAGCGUGUGCGUGGCUGCGCUGCCCGUCGGGAUUUAUCCGCACCUCUUCCUUCUCCUCUGUCCCGAAUUCUUCCACGUGCUUCCGUUGUAGAUAUCUAUCUGCUUAGGCAGAGGGUGCACAGCUUGGUGAGUUGGACUUCUGGGCCGAACGAGACACGACGCGAGAUUAGAGCGUGUUCCCAUGCAGGCGAUUUGGUGUGUGUUCUAAUCGUCUGACUUGUUCAUUAGUGUGGUGUGGGUUAUUCAUUUUUUUCCCCCUUCUUUUAUUGGGCUCCUACGGUUUCAUUUUUUUUUAGUAUUUUCCCUUUCAAAAUUCUUGGAGCAGGAGUUUGGAGCUUGCGAAGCUGUGCGUUCUCGGUCGAGGGAUGAUUUUUCGAGGGCGUCUUUUCUGGGUCCAUGAGUAGGACGAUCUGUGGGUCAGGAUUGUGUUGUGUCGAAGGUAUCGGGGAUUGAAUAUGCAGACCGUCGUUUCUUGGUGUUGCAUCUACUGGGGCGAAGGGAAGGUUUUCUGCGAUGGUUUGAAUGUGUCAGAUUCGAAGAUUUUGAGAACCGCUUCGGAAUUGGAAGCGCACCAUCUCGGUGAAGGCGUUGUGACGAAUUCCGCCUAUUGCGAAGGCGCAGGAAAUCUAGAAGGAACUUGGUUGUUCAAAUAUUGAGUUUAGAGUGGUAAGGUUUAUGGUUGAAUUCCAGGCGUAGAGCAGGGGACUGUUGCCGUACCGAGAAGAUCAGCCAAUUCUCGCACGAAUCGUGUCUUUGCAAUUUAACAUGGCAAGAAAGAAUAAUCUUUGAUUGAUCAGACGAGUCUUGCAGUAAUGCACCGAGCUUUCGGUAUAAUAUCAAGAUGAGCUUCUGCGCGCCAAUUCGCUUGUGUAUUUGUGAAUACAUGGGAGCUUCUGCUCGUUGAUCCUGCUUACCAGGAGCCAGCAGACUUCUGCUUUUUGAUAGUCCUUGAUUCUUUAGGAAUCUGCAGGAAUUUUGUGAAAGGCAAUGGCUUCCUUUGACUCAAGAUCCUCGAGAGAGCAGAACCAAGCUAAGCUGAGUAAAGCCAAGUGACACUUAUCCAUCUAUAUUCAUAUUUUGCAGGGUACCCCACAAGUGGGGCGCGGUGGUCACAAUUGCGCCAGAAGGUGACAGUAAUCCUAAGCGCAUUUUAAAGCAGGGAUUGUAGGGAAGGGCUUCAGAUCGAGAGUACACCUAAGGGUGCAUCCUAGUGAUGGCUACCCUAACGCCGGGAGUUUUACUGAAGCUCCUGCAGCAUAUCAACUCGGGUGUGAAGGUGACAGGAGAACACCGCUCCGCACUUCUGCAAGUGAUCUCCAUCGUGCCAGCGCUCCACGGAAGCGAGCUGUGGCCAAACCAAGGAUUCUACAUUAAGGUGUCCGACUCGUCGCACGCCACCUAUGUCUCGCUAGGAGAGGAGCACGACGAUCUAAUCCUGAGUGACAAGCUGCAACUGGGGCAGUUCAUUCACGUAGACAGGCUGGAGGCUGGAUCCCCCGUGCCGCUUCUUCGAGGAGUUAGACCUCUGCCUGGACGUCACCAGUGUGUGGGAAAUCCGCAGGAUCUUGUGGCCACGGUCGUGCCGGCAUCAGCGAUCGAUACUUCGCUCCAGCCCGAUCUGUUUCAGCCCGACUUGCGCACCUCGGACACCAUCGACCGAUGCAAUUCCAACAGGUUUGAUCCAUCAUCUGCGGAGAGCAUUGCAGGGAAGAAUGCGGAGAGGUCGAACGGGCCGUCGGUGAAUGGUUCCUUUGGGAGGUCUCCCUCUGCUAGGUUCCAGGAUGUGGAGGUGGCAGUGGAGAAGACAAUUGAGAUUUCCUCGGACGGCUACGGGGCACAGCUUACGGAGAGGUUGGCGCGGGGUGCCAUGGUCAGAAAUGCGUCUUUCAAGCCCCAGCCUGCUCCUGAGUCUGCGAGGUCUAAUGUGGUACACGAAGAAGGGAGGCAGGUCUCCAGAGUGAAAGUGCGCUCGGAGAAACCUAAGAUGAAUGCGGAUUGCACCUUGGUGCAGAAGGAGGUGAACAAAUCCUCGUCCCCUUUCAGAUCCCAAUCUGUCACGAACUCUCUAUUCACGGAUAGAAGAUCGCCGAGCACUGGCUUCACCAGAAGCGUGGUGGCGUGUUCCGAAGAUCCUCACAAAGACUCUCCAACUACCAGUACUAGGGCCAUGCAAGCAUCACCCAUCACCAAAAGAUCCGUGAGCACAGGCAGAGUUGCGAAUAUCGUCACAGAUGCUACCAAAAGACGCCCCAUUAGCACCAAUGCGCGAGCUCCCGAGCCUGCCGCGUCGGUUGUUAAGAACACGUUGCGUAAGAGCUGGGAAGGUGCGGCUACUGCCAAGAACGUCAAAGAUCGUCUUCAGCCCAAGGCCUCCAAACCGGACGUCAAGGCUAAGCUAUGGUCCUCGGUAUCUGGAUCGAGGAAUAAGAAUGGGGGCAGCAAUGGAACGUCGUCAGAAACGGGGUCGUCGUCACCGCAAGUAGCAAAUGGUAAGGUGAGCCAUGCCAGAACAGAAAGCACCGGCUCUGCAGUAGGACCCGUCUCGCCGUCCAAUUCUAUGUCCAGCGUCAUCGUGAAUGACAUCGAUGUGGUCCAGAGACUUUCCGCUGGUUUCUACUGGGACUCUCUGCCCGGGAGCCUCGCUACAUAUGGCAUGGAAGCCAUGCAAUCAAGGGAGGCUGCAGCGUUGGCUGCGGUUGAAGCCCUCCAAGAAGCUUCAGCAGCGGAGAGCGUUCUUCGAAGUCUCAGCAUGUUUGCAGAGCUGUGCUCUGUUGCUCGGAUCGAUCAUCCACAACCCUCUGUGGAGCACUUUCUGAGCCUCCAUCAAUCUCUCAAGCAUGCCGUGGCCGUAUCAGAUGCACUUUUUAUAGCUCGCAAAUCCCCCGAAUCUGUCCUCCCCACCGAUGACGCCAACGAGGCGUCGAAUGAGAAGGCUCUAAUAGUGAUGGAGAAGUCGCGCAGUGCUGCAAGCUGGGUCAAUGCUGCUCUCACCUCUGAUCUGGCCACCUUUUCGAUUCAGGGCAAACAACUAGGAUCAGUAUCAGGUAACACUCUUCGAAGUAUGCUCAAGAGAACCUCGAAUCAGCCGUCGCAGGUCAUGCUGGAUAGUUCUAGCAUGGUGCCUCGAGGGAGGAGUUCCUCGCCCUCUUUAACAAGCAGGAGCACUCCAUCAACUCCAUCCUCUCCAAAAACUCGCUCUGCUCUGACAAGUGUAAGCCAUGUCGCAAAUGCGAAGAGAACUGCCACAGAGCCGAGAUCCCAGUCUCCAGGACCUGUGUUGACGAGUUCACGACGAAGCAACGCCAUCAGCAGAAUUGGUCUAGGAAAGAGCUCCAAAGCAACGAGCAAGGUGACUCCGGAGGCACAACCCGUAGAGAUGAAGGCGUCUAUUGCUCCAACUGCUGCAACGUCCUCACCGGCAUGGGUGAGAGGCAAGGGUUUAGCGGAGACGGCAGAGCUGGCGAAGCAGGUGGAGAGAGAAGCGCAGCGGUGGUUCCUCAACUUUAUGGAAAAUGCGCUGGAUGUGGGCUUCCAUGUGGCCACUUCAGGCAACAGCGACAGAGACGAGCUGCCACACGGAGCCAAACUUAUGAGUCAGCAGGAGAAUUCUCACAUUGCCACAAUGUUGUCCCAACUGAAGCGAGUGAACGAUUGGUUGGACUUGAUGGGCGAUGAUCUAGACACUAAAUUGAUUGAAACAAAAGCUCGCUUGAAGCGAAAGAUAUAUGAUUUUUUACUCCGACACGUUGAGUCAGCCGCUGCGGCGCUAGGAAACGUCUCAUCCAUUACGGUUUACUCCAAACCCCAGGUCGUGAACUGAUCGGCCGCCGCCGCAGCAACAGCUACACAUACAAGUUUGUGCAAGUUGCCCAAUACAGGGCUCACGAGUGUCGUUGGAGAAGAUAAAAUGGUGGUUCAUUGACAAGGGAGAUUGGGUAAAGUAGCUUCUACCUCCGUACUCAAGUGAGAUAUAGUUGAGUGCUUCACAGGAUUCUGUAAUUUGUCAAAUAGUGAGCAAAGAACUGCAGUGCGGGGUUGAAGUGAGCCUGUGGAGGUCAGUGCUACUGUCGAGGCCGUGCUGCAACGGAAAAGAAAUUGCAAGUGAUGUUAACAAGGAACCAGGCUGCCAUGGCGAUCCUCAAUGACCUCCACACUCGUUUACAAGGUUGAGGAUGAACCGCGACAUAGCAAAGGUAGUAGGUUGGAGAUGGGUUGAUUGAGAAGCUCAAUUCUGUUUGCAUAUAAUAGUCGCAACCUUCAGGCUUGCCAGGCCUUGUACAUUAUACAUUCUGGUUGAUUUAUUUACUUUACUCUUCUUAUUCUCCCCUCUUA